AUGAAACGAAGAAUGUUCCUACUUUGCUUGGCGCUCGCCAGUGUAACCGCGAGCCCGUACUCGAAGAUUUCUGAUGACGGCUACGGGCAACGGCUGCAAAAGAACACGUUUGGCCAUGCUUCCGCGAGUUCUUCAGCUUCAGCAUCAGCCCAGUCUUCCGCAACCGCGUACUCCGGUUCCUCGAGUGGUGCAAAUGCAUUUUCAAAAUCAAAUGCAUACACCCAAGGAUUCGAGCAACAAAAUACCGACCAGUUUCAGUUCCUGGACCAACAGACCGAGGACAAGUCCGGCCACGGGGUUGGAAAUUCUGAAAAGUGGUGGAUGGGCCCCAACAGCCCCUUUGAGGGUCACAAAUCAGGCGCUAAUGCCAACGCUCAUGCUAACGCUAAUGCUAACGCAAACGCUAAUGCUCACGCCAGUGCUAGUGCAGAUGCUCAUUUCAGAGCAAACCCAUUUUUGAAUGGAAACUCCCAAGCUGGUGCUCAUGCUCAUGCAACAGCUCAUACAACCGGCCAAGUUCCGUCUCAUGAUAUCCAGUUACCUCACGUAUCCACGGCGUCGAAGAACAACGUCUUCCUUGACCAGCAAAGCUCCAACGGAUUUGAAGUGACCUGCAGCGGCGAGGGUCAAAUCUGUGUUCCCCAUCACCUCUGUAAGAACGGGCGCGUCAGCUCAAAUGUGCAAGGACUCUCCCAAGUUCGUUCAGACAACCAAAAAUGCGACGUAAGUCGCGAAGUCUGCUGUACUAUGUCGUAUAACUACGACCAAGUCCCAGCAGGUACUGAUGGUUUACAGUCAAUCAAUGUCAAUGUAAAUUCCAAUGCCGGAUCUGAUGGCUUCACUGGCGGACUUUUCGACCAAAAAUACGAGAAACCUAGCAAGCCUAUCAAUGGUGAUGCUAUCAAUGGAUAUUUACCACCUGAUCCAAGUCCAAACCCUAACGAUCCAAUUCCAAGGUUUACUAAUUUACCAACGACUCCAAAACCAAGAGUAACUACUCAAAGACCAACAGCUCCACCAGUUCCAAGAAACUCAGAACCAGUUCCAGUUCCAACUCACGUUCAAUUGGGUUGCGCAGCAGCAUUGGUUUGCGUCAAAGAAGAAUUCUGUGGUAUGGACGGUAUGAUGAAUCCCUCACCAUUGGGUUUAACUGAAGAACAACUCACACGCCGUGUACCUUUGAGCGACUGCAAGAACCCAGAAAACGGAGAAAUUGGAAAAUGCUGCCGGGACCCGAACUACGUUGACCCAUGGCCUACGGGCAACUUGCCAGCCAACUACUCCGGAGGAUUCGACGACCAAGGAUUCCCUUUGAACGACCCCAGGCCAAUUCCCACCUCUCCGAUUGGGGUCAAACGUCCAGCUCCUUCUUUGCCGGUCAAGGGAAGAAUUCCAAUAAAAAAUGUCCAGGCUCCUGUUCCAAAUGCCAUUCCUCAAAACAUCAACCAACAGCCCUCGAUCAUCCGCCCGAAUGUACCAAACUAUCCGACCUACCCAAAACCUUUCAAUAAGAACAAUUUCGUAGAAUCACCCAGUAACGCAAACCCCGUUGUUGUUCAACCUCGACCAGCCGGAUCUUGCGGUGUUAAAAACUCAGUACAACGACCAAGCAAUUUGAAAGAAGAAGAGGUUGGAUUCGGUGAAAUACCAUGGGAAGCAAUGAUACUUUACACUCCGGAAAAGAAACUCCUUUGUUCGGGAGCAUUUGUGGCGCCGAAUGCCGUUCUCACAGCCGCUCGUUGUUUCGAUGGAUACCAGGCGCACGAUAUUGCCAUCAAAGCCGGAGAAUGGAAAUUAGGCUACGAAUUGAAACACGAAGAACCUUUGCCGUUCGAGAUUGUCAAAGUUAAGGCUAUUGUGACACAUCCUGGCUACUUGCCUGGCAGCGCUGCCCACGACGUUGCGUUUCUCUAUCUCGAGCACGACGUCCAUCUCGACAGACAUGUCGGACCUAUUUGCUUGCAGGAAGAUGUUCAGCAGUCUUAUGUUCGCCCCGGGGCUAAAUGUAUCUCUACCGGAUGGGGUAAACAUAUUUUGCAAGUUCACUUAGCGGGAGCAAUAAUGCACUCAAUCGAAGUAGACACAAUUGAAGAAAACCAAUGCCGGCAACGUGUAUCAAACGCGGAAAACCAAAUAGAACUUGACGACUCGUUGGUCUGCGUAAAAGCGCACCAACAAAGAAACAACAUGUGUCAAGUAGACAUCGGAGGUCCAUUGGCUUGUGAGCGCGAUGACGGUACCUACGAACUCGUAGGAGUCUACAAUCAAGAUACCGGAUGUUUACCAACAAACCAAGUGGCUACUUUCGGUCUGAUUGAUGUUCCAUGGGUGAAAUACAUGUUGGAACAACCUGCGCCAGUAGAAGUUCAACCCAAACCUUACACUCCAUCUCAACCUCAGCAAUCUUAUGAACAACCCCAGAAACCUGAGCCAUACGCUCCUCCUCAACAGCCCCAACAACCUCAACAACCCUACGAACAACCCCAACAAACCUACGAACAACCCCAACAACCUCAACAACUCUACGAGCAACCUAAACCUUUCUCACCAUCCCAACCUCAGCAAUCUUAUGAACAACGUCAAACACCUGAACCUUACACUCCUGAACAACCUCAACAAUCUUACGAACAACCUGAACCUUACACUCCCCAACAACCUGAACAAUCUUACGAACAGCCUCCAAACCCUGAACCCUACGCGCCCCAACAACCUGAACAAUCUUACGAACAACCUCCAAACCCAACACCUUAUGCUCCAAAUCCAACACCUUAUGCUCCUCAGCAACCUGAACAAUCUUACGAACAACCUCAGAAGCCUAAACCCUACGCUCCAGCCCAACAGCCAGAACAACCAGAGUACCCACAACCUCAACAGCCAAAACCUUACAAGCCAGCCAAGUUACCUUUCGUACCUGCCCAAGAACCGCGACCUUUCGCACCCGCUGAGUACCAAUAUCCAAAACAAAGCCAACCUUUCAACUUUGGAAGCAACACCAAUCAACCAUGCGAUUGUCAGAAAAGUAAUUUACCACCCUACGACAAUCAAUACCUACCUCCCAAUUAA